AUGCCGCAGCCACACUCGACAACCUCGCAUCUGACAACGUUUUUGAUCGUAUUCAUCUUCGUAAUCGCCCUAUUCCCAGGACUCUUUGUCGGUAUAUUCUGGGCGCCCUACAACAGUCUCGCAAACUACCUUGUACCGACGCCACAACCGCGCAAAAGCAUAGUCUGCACAAGUCCGAAUAUCUGUGCUUCACCACCAAUCAUGUCUUGGUCACAGAAAUCUCUCACCCUUCCCAGCCGAUCGCGCGGCUCUUAUCUCAUAACCGACCACAUCCUGAAAGAAGUCCCCGAGAUUAAGAACUACAAGACCGGCCUACUCAACCUCUUCGUUCAACACACUUCCUGCGCGCUAUCUCUGAAUGAGAACUACGAUUCGGAUGUGCGCGCGGAUAUGAGCACGGCGUUGGAUCGCAUUGUGCCAGAAGACAAGAAGGGACAGGGACUGUACCUACAUGAUGCAGAGGGUAGUGACGAUAUGCCUGCGCAUGUGAAGUCUGCAUUGAUUGGCGCGAGCGUUACAAUUCCUAUCACAAAUGGAAGAUUGAAUACCGGCACAUGGCAAGGCAUCUGGUACCUCGAGUUCAGGGACUCGAAGCACACACGGAAGGUUGUUGCGACGAUUCAGGGUGAAAAGAUGUGAGCUGGAGAGUUUGGAAAUCAGGAAAUCUGCGAGUGAUGUUGAGUCUAUGCAGAACCACGGAUGUCUGCAUUAUGCAUCACGGCGUGUUAAAUGUAUAACCAAGAGGCUAUAACAUUCGAGUAGGGGUGUAGAAGUGCUGCCCCAAGAGAUUAAGCAAGAUACUUUGAUACCGUGGUUUAUCGUCCAAUAGCAGCUAAAUUGCCGCCUCUGCAAGUCGCCAAGGAAACACCUGUAAUAACGCCUGUUCUGCAUGAUCCUAGUCCCUACGUCGUAAUGGACUGUUCAUCCUUGAGUCGUCGGCCUGUAUAUACAUGAACAAGAUCAUGAAAACAGUAGAUCCU